AAUCCGGAUAUUUUUGUCUGUUUACACCAACAUUAAGUUGUCUUUCAGUUGUCAGUUUAGUGUUUUCUUAAUCUAAUUAUAUUUGGUCGAUGCUUAAAUGAUUGUUUAAUUGCUUCAUGCUCUGAAUGGUUACUUACAGCCAGCUCAGUCGAUGUUUUACCUGUAACCUGGUUUCUUUCUGCUCUUCAGGCGGAGGCGAUCCACCCGGACUGCGCUCUGGUGGAGCAGCACAUGCAGGCUCAGGAACAAUGCUACCACAUACUCCAGCAGGAAGAGAGCAAUCGCUCUGCUAAGACAGGCUGCUCCACAGUUUGGGACAACAUUCGGUGCUGGCAUCGUGCUGAGGUGGGACAGGUGGUGAGCAUCUCCUGUGCCAACGUGUCCCAGCUGUUCACCAAUAACCAAGGCUACGUUUAUCGGAACUGCACAGAGAACGGAUGGUCCGACCUCUUCCCGUCCUACGAGGAUGCUUGUGAGUUUGCAGAGGAUACGGAAGCAGAACGAGAGACAACAUAUUUCUCCAACUUCAAACAGGUGUACACUGCCGGCUAUGCUACCUCCCUCAUCUCCCUCAUAUCAGCUAUUUUUGUUUUCACAGUCUUCAGGAAGUUUCACUGCACCAGGAACUACAUCCACAUCAACUUGUUCCUCUCCUUCAUCCUGAGAGCGAGCGCAGUCUUCAUCAAAGAUGGAAUUCUUUUCUCUGAUGAAGACCUGGACCACUGCUUCAUGUCCACAACCUCCUGUAAAUCAGCCGUGGCCUUCUUCCAGUUUAGUAUACUGGCCAACUAUUUCUGGCUCUUGGUGGAGGGGAUGUACCUGCAGACGCUGCUUGCGCUCACCUUUGUCUUCCAGAAGAAGUACUUCUGGUGGUACAUACUCAUCGGCUGGGGUCUGCCAACAACAAUCAUAACAGCCUGGAUCCUCACUCGAAACUUCUAUGAUAACAAGGGGUGCUGGGAUGACACAGAUGUGGCGUUCAUCUGGUGGAUCAUAAAAGCCCCAAUAACUGCAUCGCUACUGGUAAACUUCAUCAUUUUCAUCAAUGUGAUCCGUAUUCUGGUCCAGAAGCUGAGGUCACCCGGAGUGGGAGGCAACGACACCAGCCACUUCAAGAGACUGGCCAAAUCCACUCUGCUGCUCAUCCCUCUGUUUGGCAUGCACUACAUGGUGUUCGCGUUCCUCCCAGAAAACACAGGAGCAGAGGCUCGGCUCUUUAUAGAGCUCGGUCUGGGAUCCUUUCAGGGAUUCGUCGUGGCUCUGCUGUACUGUUUCCUGAAUGGAGAGGUGCAGGCCGAGCUGAAGAAGCGCUUCUGGAAUUGGCAGACCGAAAGCUACCUGAGUUACAGCAAACGACGGCGUACGCUGUUCAACGAAAGCAGCACCGUCACUCAGAUAUCCGUCCUGGACAAAUCCAGCCCCAAAGACCAGCCGGUUUCAGAGGCGCACGCCAUCACGCCCAGCAACGUGUCCGCCGUCUGAGGGGGCGCCUCACAGCCGAGUCCUUCACCGCACAUCCGCUUCAUAUUUCACAGAACGAACCACAGAGCCUGAUUGUUGAAUGUUUAAGGUACUUUGUGACUUUUCUAUGAUUUUUUUGCUGAACAAAUAUGAGACCUCGAUUCUUAUUCUACGAUACAGAGAUUACAGUGUUUCAAAGGCAGGUAUGUACUAUAUCAUCUGUAUUUUUGCUUGCUCACAACUUCAGAUCCUCCAGUUUCACAGAGUAUGUACAGUAUGUCACACAACUUUUUAUUCUUUCAGAAAUAGCAGCGGGUCAUCUCUAUUUUAUUAAGCCGAGAUAUUAAGUCUGCUGUUUUGUGGUUUAAUUGACAUGUUUGUGCUCUUUUGUUGACAUUGUGACAUGUGCAGCUGGUCACAAAUUAAAAUAUGAAUCAGAAAAAUGUAGUUUUCCUGCUUUUGGUCUCCACAGUCAGGAGCCAGAUGUGGAACCAGGCAUGUAAAGAAAUUCUCCACUUUUAAAACAAAGAAAACACAGAAAACCAUCUGGUUCCUGAACUCUAAAUUAAUAUUGCCAGUUUCCCUCAAUAUUAAACUCUAAUUCGACAAUGGUUCUUACUUUGGAACUAGUUUUCAUGUGGAUGUGCAACACCAAAUUAAACAGGACACCAGGGAACACGGAAGACAUGGAAGAGGGUUAAAGGCCAAGAAAGAGCAUGUAAUGCCAGAUAAUGUUUAAAUUAGAGGUACCUGCAAAAUAUAUUUUUAAAGACACAUUUUGUAUCAUGAAUUAGUCUUCAAAUCAUCAUGCCUUCUAUAUUCUGAAGCACUUUUUUGGCUUCUUUGCAGAAAUAAUUUUCACUGUUGACUCUAUUAAAGGCAUAGCACACUAAUUGGGAAUACAUUUAGCAGGAAUUACUCAGAGAUGGAUAUUAAAAGGCGGGGAGACAUACAGCAUCGAAUAACAAUCUUUAGCUUGUUAACAGGACAGGAGACAACAUUUAGCUUCUGUGCAUCCAUCCUUCAUCUGCCUCCUCUCUGGUCUGAACACACAUCCACAGAGCUCCUGGUCCUCAGCCAGCUCCUUAGCUCUUCUGGGGUGACGCAGAGACGUUCCCAAGUCUCCGAGCUCACCAACUGUUCCAACCAGACGCCGCCCCGGUCCAUCUGUCUUAUUUCUACUCGUAAACAAGACCCCAACAUUCUUCGACUCUUCCCCAUGAGUCUGUAACCCACUCCCAGCUUCUUUUCCAGUCGGAGGCCGUGACCUGAGACUGGGGGUUGAUAGUUCUUGAAGCUUCUAAGUCAGUCUACUAUUCAGGAUAUAUCAGGAUCCAGAUUCCCACUCUUAUCUGUUUCUGUCCAGUUUUCACAGGUAAUACUCUUCUGGGUUGCUUCUAUUGAUCGGCCUGUGAUGAAUGACUCAUACAGGCAGCAUUAGACGGCUGUAUAAAAAGGGAACCAUUUACAGAGUUUUGUAGAUGCUUCACAACUAAUUAUGAAAGUUAAAAAUGUUCCCUAUAUUUAGGGAGUUUUGCCUUUUUUAAUCCAACUUUUCUCAAGUAUUCAGAAUGUUUAAAACAAACCGUGAAAAGUCGUUUGAAACUGUUGUUACGACAACAGCAAACAGGUUUCCAUUCAUAUGAUCCAUGGAGAUCUGUCUCAGUACGAUGUCUGACGUAUGGUUUCCGAUGGAUUCCUGUGUUAAAUGUGUCCGAUUGAACAUCCGCAUGCAAUAUGUUGCACAGUGCAUUGGCGCACAUCUGGAGCACUAGACUGUAAAAGCUACACAUCUGUCGGAUUAUUGUUUUACAGUGUUUGAGUGAAUGUGAGCUAAUUUGAGCUGGAGUGUUUUUCGAUGAUGUUCUUCUCUGCUCCCUCUACAUUAAAUUAUUAGCCGAGGAGACAUUUUAUUUGCUUUGUUGGUGUUUUCGCUCUGUAGACAUUUCUGUAUUAUACGUUGAAUGUAGUUUUAUUAUCAUAACAUGGAAGAGUAUCGAAGUUUGGGGGAAAUUGACUUUUUGCCUUUUCAUGCAUGUAAAUAUGUACAGUAUAAGUACACAGAUAUUGACCACAACAGUGCCUUUUCCACCCACUCUGUCGAUGUAUAGUUCAGGUUUACCUGUGUAAAUGUGUGUAACCGAGUCUUAUUCUUGUGAAAAGAUAACAAAAAAUAUGCUUCUGUGUUGUGUUGUGAUUCAAGAGGCAUCAGAAUAUUUUACCCAUUUGAUUUGAUCUGCAGAAAGCCUCUCACGAUUUCUUAAAUUUGAAGUUUAGAUCUGUGUCAUUUAUAGUUUCAAAUGUUUUCUCUUGUGAGUGUUUCUCUUCCAGGUUCCAGUUUAUGAUUUGCUGUUUACUUUCUCUGACUUGAGGUGAGAUUAAACAAUGAGGCUGCUUUUUCUGCCACGA